GAGGAGGCGCCCAAAAUGAAGACCUUGAUGCGCCAUGGGCUGGCUGUGUGUCUAGCGCUCACCACCAUGUGUACCAGCUUGUUGCUCAUGUACGGCGGCCUCGGCGGCGGCCAGAAGGAGCCCCCGCAGCAGCGGGAGCAGGAGCAGGAAGUGGCAGGGGCCAGCGGCAAACCCGCAGCUGAGAGCAGCCGGCGCUUGGGGCUGACCGGCAGCAGCAGACAACUGGGGCAGUCUCCGCAGCGCCCAGGAAUUCCUCAGGGUGGGCGGCUCAUGGAUGGAUACAUCAGCGUCCUGGAUCAUAAGUCCCUGAAGAUGCACUGCAAAGACUGCGCCCUGGUUACAAGCUCGGGCCACCUUCUGGGGAGCCACCAGGGAGAACGCAUCGACCAGACGGAGUGUGUGAUCCGCAUGAACGAUGCGCCAACCCGCGGCUACGGCCGGGACGUGGGCAACAAAACGAGCCUCCGAGUCAUCGCCCACUCCAGCAUCCAGAGGAUUCUCCACAAGAGACAAGAACUCUUAAACAUGAGUCAGGGGACCGUGUUCAUCUUCUGGGGGCCCAGCAGCUACAUGCGGAGGGAUGGCAAAGGGCUGGUCUACAACAACCUGCAGCUGAUGAAUCAGGUCCUCCCGCGCUUAAAAGUCUUCAUGAUCACGCGGCACAAGAUGCUACACUUUGACGAGCUCUUCAAACAGGAAACUGGCAAAGACAGGAAGAUCUCCAACACUUGGCUCAGCACUGGCUGGUUCACAAUGACGAUCGCAUUAGAGCUCUGCGACCGAAUAAAUGUCUAUGGCAUGGUGCCCCCCGAUUUCUGCAGAACACGUGUUCCAGGCCAUCACGUACCCAUCCCCCUCUUCUUGACCACAUGCCACCCUGCCAAUGUCCCCUUCCCAUGGAGCAGAGAUGCAGACAAGAAGAGAAUCCCCAACAACCGUGGCCUCCCCUGGCUUCCUGGUCUACCUGAUCCCACUGGUAUUCAGACAGCCCAUGACUACAUGAGCCUCCUUAGCUGGAUCAUGCUGCUGCCUCAGAGCAGGCUCCUGGCCAAAUAA